UGUACAUUAUUGCAGAAGCGCAAAUCAGGGACAGGGGUGGAACCUGUCUAAAAUUAAUGAAAGUUCUAUCAAAUAUACUGACUACUCUUUCUGAAAUGGUUCACAUUUUUAUAUUUUAUCUUUGGUUUUCAGUUGGGUAAUACAGGAAAAUGCAGUGUCACCGUGCCAUUAAAGUCGUUAAGUUUCGUAGAUCACCAGGGAUGUUUAACGUUUCAAUGCGUUAUCUUCCGUGACACCAGUCUUGUGGGCAGAACAGCUGACACGGGAGCUUUUACUUUGUGUCAGGAUGGAUCCGAUUGCUAAAGGAAAAUUAGCCGUCGAGUCACUGAAAAGUUUUGUAAACAAUAGUUUGUCCAAUAAAGAACCAUGGCAGAUAGUGACAAUGACCACUGGAGCGGUAUUGGCAAGCGUCUGGUUUUUCGAUUUCAUCAACCAAGAUGAAAGCGUUCCAUCCCGUUUAAAGAAGACCGUGUUUCGAUUAGCAAGGAAAAUACCAGCAGUUGCCAGGAGAAUUGACAGUGAGAUGAGUAAUAUGAGAAAGACAUUCGAAGAUGAGGUCAGACAUCGCAAUGAGAAAAUUGACUACAUCACAAAUUUGCCAGAGAGUGGAAAAAACCGCGAGGAAAUACUCAAACAAGUCAAAGCCUAUUUGGAACUAGGAGACUACGAUUGGAAAAAAGGAUAUGUUUCAGGAACAGUGUACUUUCAUAAUCCUGAACUUAUUGAAUUACUUACUGAAGUUUAUGGUCUUGCAUCCUAUACAAAUCCACUUCACCCUGAUGUUUUCCCUGGUGUCUGCAAAAUGGAAGCAGAGGUGGUUAGAAUAGCUGCAAAUCUCUUCCAUGGCUCCCCCUCUGCAUGUGGAACUAUGACUACAGGUGGAACUGAAUCUAUAUUGAUGGCAUGCAAAGCAUAUCGCGACUACGCAAAAUUUGAGAGGGGUAUCAAACAUCCGGAGAUUGUUUUGCCAAAAACAGCCCAUCCAGCAUUUGACAAGGCUGCAUUGUAUUUCGGCAUGAGAAUCAAACAUGUUCCUGUUGAUCCUGUCACCACCAAAGUCAAUAUAAGGGCAAUGAAGAAUUCUAUCAGUAAAAAUACGUGCAUGCUAGUUGGAUCAGUGCCAAACUUCCCCUAUGGAACUAUGGAUGACAUUGAGGCUAUAGCAGAAUUAGGAAGGAGAUACAACAUACCUGUACAUGUAGAUGCCUGCUUAGGAGGUUUUGUCAUUGUCUUCAUGCAAAAAGCAGGCUACAAAUUACCACCAUUUGAUUUUUCUGUUCCUGGAGUUACAAGUAUAUCAGCAGAUACACACAAGUAUGGAUUUGCACCAAAGGGAUCAUCAGUUGUUUUAUAUUCUGAACCAAAGUACCGCCACCAUCAGUUCACUGUUACCACUGAUUGGCCAGGUGGUGUAUACGGGUCUCCGUGUGUAAGUGGCUCCAGGGCAGGAGGUAUUAUAGCAGCUUGCUGGGCUACAAUGAUGUACUUUGGCUUAGAUGGUUAUGUUGAGGCAACAAAAAAAAUUGUAUCCACAACAAAGAAGAUUGAGGAAGGAUUGCGUAAAAUGAAAGGGAUAUUUGUUUUCGGAACUGCUGACACAUCAGUGGUAGCAAUUGGCUCCAAUGAUUUUCAUAUUUAUAGACUGUCAGAUGCAAUUACUAAACGUGGUUGGAAUAUUAAUGCACUCCAGUUUCCACCUGGAAUGCAUCUCUGUGUAACGUACAUGCAUACUGCCGAGGGAGUUGCUGAGCGAUUCUUGUCAGACAUUCAGGAAGAACUAGAAAAAAUCCUGAAAGAACCUGUUAAAGAAGUUGGGGGAAAGUUUGCAGUUUAUGGUAUGUCACAAAGUGUUCCUGAUCGUUCUAUUGUGGGAGAUUUCACACGAUGUUUCCUGGACUCUAUGUACUACACACCUAGUCAACCUAAUGGUACAGGAAAUUCAAAGAGUGUUGUAUAGGUUUGUGUCUUACUUUCCACAAGAGAUGAGAUUCUAACAGAUAAGAAAGAACAGAAAACUCAGUGACCUGAGGAUUUUAAUUUCGUGUUGUCUUCAUAUCUAGUGCUUGUUCAGUAUAUAUUAGCACCAAAGAAGUAUUAGUGUACCUACUAAAAUAUUGGAAAACAGUAUUCUAGGUGAGAAACAAUUUUGUAAUUGUGAUUCUUGAAUAAUUUCAAAGUAAAAUAAUAUGCUAAGGCUACAGCAUAGAAGAAAAUUUUGAGUGCCUUUCGACAGAAAUAAAGCCACAGCUGAACUAUAUUUUAAGAAUGUUAUGUUGGUCUAUAUCUAUAUUUGUAACCAGUGUUAUUGUACAAUGGCUGUUUCUAUUCUCCUUCAAGUAUCUAUCCUUAAUAACAGAGAUAAGUGUGUGCCAUACAAUCUAAUAUUCACAAUAUGUACCACAUUUAUUAUAUUUUAUUAUUCUUGUAUUAUAUAUUUUAUAUACUAUAUGAAUAUAUGUAAGUUUUUUUCUAUUUUACAUAAGUGUUUCCAUUCUGUGGUUGUCAAUUGUGUACAGCAGAAUUAUACUGUUAUAAAAAAAGUUGUUAAAAUUUCAGGUUGUUAACUUACUUUUUUGAGAGUUUACAUAUAGGGGUAUGUAAUGUUUUGGGAAUUGUCUGAUUUUGCAUGAGUGAUUAUGUCUGAGGUAGACCUGCCUGAAAUUUUAGUUAUCAGGAAGAACAAUGAUCACAAAUACAGUGAUGUGUUUACCCUGAGCCGGUCAAGGUUGUAAUACCUCAGUGUGAUAAGUAAACAGUUAAGCACAGAAACUGAGUCAUUUGGUGAACAUGGGAGGUUAAUAGAGCAAUGAAUCAAUGUAAUUUCCUGUCUUUCAUUGUGUUAAAUAUUUGACUGAUGAAAUUUAUGGAAGUACAUAUUUUUAAAUGUGUAAUACUCAUGCCAGAGUUGUGAAAUUUACUGUAUGAACAUGUCUUUGAUUUUUUGAAUUUCUAUUUUCCAAACUAUGGCAUUUACUAAUAGAAAAGUGAUACAUUUUAACGCAAGUUCUGUUCUCAUAAUUGAUGCUCAUGUCAUUGCUUCUUACUGUGUUUUUAACCUUGCUACUCGAUAAAGUAGCUAAUAGUCAUUUGCAAUAUUCUAAAAAAAAUUAGCCUUUUACUGUUUACUUUAUAUCAUGUGCUAAUAUAUCUUUUUUUCUUCCAAAGUACUCACAAUAAACAGUUAACAUAUAUUUGCAUUUUAAGGAAUACUAGGUAUGGUAAAUGGUCCAUUUUGCACACCUUCUUCUGUGGAAUUCAUGCCCUUGAGAUAAGAAAAAUAAGAUAUACAUUGGAGUUAUGGCUGUCCCCACAGAAAAGCACCUUCAUAUUUGGGAAUGAAAGAAGGUGCCAAAGAGACUACGUUAUGUUUUAUUUUACUCAAAUUCCUUCACACCUAAAUAAGUGACAGUUCUUGUAAUACUGUGAUGGUAUGUGUAGCAGCAGAAAGGCAAGUUUUGAUUUUGGACAUUAUUUGAACACUUUUUCUCUACAUGAAUACUUCUUGUGGAAAUGUAUCAUCUGUUAAAUUAAAGAGGCUGUGGCUUUCACCUUGGUUGAACUGUUGGAGGACAAAAAGGAGGAGGGGAAGCGAGCACAGCAGUGCCUCUCCUGGUUGUUCCAAUGCGUUAUACGUUAAUGCGAAAUUGUUUGUAAUAUUGUGAAAAACCUGAUUCUAGGUACUAUUUCUGUCCCUAAAAAGGAGGUUUUGAGAUUUUUCUUUUAUCACUUACCUAGCUGCCUCAAUGUUCUGUUGUGUCCAAGAAUGAAGUGUCUGAUUACUGAACAAAUCAUUUUGAAUUCAUCACAGCUAUUCUUGCUGAUUGUAGAUUAUGAUUGAAUGGAUCCCAGAUGUAUUUAUUGCUAUCUUUGGAUGUAGUGCUCCACACUUAAACUUUCUUUGAACUGAUGAAAGAUCAUUACAUGUAAAUUAUGUCUUGAUGGCUGCAUGAGGUGUAGCAGACACGAUAGCAGUCACAGUUGUAUCGUUCUUCAUGACAAAGCUGAGGUUCUUUCAUUGUAGAGUGAAUAUGAAUUAACCAUGAGUACGUAGAAUAAUUUUGAGAGAGCAGCAAAUAUUUUUGGCGUUUGUUGUGCUGUGUUCUGAAUGUUUCUCAGAGAUCUCAACUGAGAAGUCUGUAACCGAACAGCAAUAGGUUGCUCCUGACAUGUAUGGGUAACAGGUCACUGCAGAAAGUUAUGCAAGUUGUGGAAAGGUUCACUAAACUCGCAACUACUUCUUACGUAACAUUAUGAUUGGCUCAAAACAGAAAUUAAUAAAGAAGGAGGCAGAGAGAUCUCUUAGGCAGAUUACUCACUGAAGUAAAGGCAAAAUACUCUGUAUUUCCAAAAUAAAUCUGUAAAAAAGGAAGAAGAAGCAGUAAAAUAAUUACGUCAUUGUACAUCUAGCUAAGUAUUGAAACCUGCAAUUUGUAAAGCAAUAACCUUGCAGAAUUGAAAGUUUACUCAUUUUUCAGUUAAGCAUUUCUUUUAUUAUUAAUAACUUUAUAAACUCUAUUAAUUUCUGUAUAAUAAUGUUAACAGGGUUUGCAUGUGAUUUUUAAACCAGAUACGUUUCAAAAACAAGUAAAUUACUUAAAACUGACAGCUUUGUGGAGAGAAAUAUCACACCCAAUGUAUUGUGUUUUUUGAUGUUGUAUCCAUUGUACCUAAAAUGAGGACACUGUGGGGUAGCACUGACCACCAAGUAUCAGUUUUGCAAUACUUUUGAAAGACUGUGAAUGUUUUUUAGUUGUAGUACUAAUAUGCUCACCAGAUGCAGUUAACUGAGAUUCCAUAUUUUAAUUAGUUCAGUAUUUUAGUGUUGCAUGUUAAUUGUUUGAUAGGAAUGCUGUUUAUCUAGUUAUUUUCUGUUACUUGGGUUUUCCCAACCAUUAUGAUGAGUGAGUGUUUGGAUACAUGAAAAACUUGUAACAUUGCUGAAGUGCUUGAUUUAUUAUUGCCACUGAUCUAUUGCCAAUGGGUAUAAAAGGCAUUGUUAUUUGGAUAUCUGUGAUGUACUGGGAAGAAUGUAAAAUGAUACAGUGUGCUAAAUAAAAACAAGAUUGCUAUUUUUGUAA